AUGGUCGCCAUGCCCACCGCCUGGUGCUCCAUCGCUCUAGCCCUGCUCGUGGCCCUGCACGAAGGCAAGAGCCAGGCCGCUGCCACCCACACCCCAGAGCAGCCAGCGCCCUUGCCCCAUGCCCGAGGCUCCCACCUGCGGAUUCGCCGUUGCUCCUGCAGCUCCUGGCUCGACAAGGAGUGCGUCUACUUUUGCCACCUGGACAUCAUCUGGGUGAACACUCCCGGACAGACAGCUCCUUACGGCCUGGGAAACCCGCCAAGACGCCAGCGCCGCUCUCUGCCAGGGCGCUGUGAAUGCUACAGCGCCAGCGACCCCGCCUGUGCCACCUUCUGCCAUCGAAGGCCCUGGACUGAAGCUGUGGCAGUCCCAGGCAGCGGGUCCUCUGCAGCCAUGUUCCAGGCUGACAAGACAUGGGCCACAGCAGGAGAGCUCCUCCAGCAGCUGAGGGACAUUUCUGCAGCCCAGAUCCGCUUUGCUAGGCGACAGCAGAAAACAACAAGGGAGCCCAGGCCUACACACUCCAGGUGGAGGAAGAGAUAG